AUGAGUGUCGCCGUCUCCCGGCCUUCAUCCUCAAUUUCCCAUUCGUUCGACCGACAUUUGCCCAAUUAUGACGACGACCCUCUCACAGCUGCACUCGCUCCGCCGCCAGAUGAGACCGCAGAGCAGAGGGAGCUGAGGGAGGCAGCGGAGGCGGAGGCACGCCGUGUCAGCGAUGAGAUCGACGAGCAGCUCCGGAAUGAGAGGAUGGCUUUGAAGAAGAAGAAGGCUCCGGUAAAGGUGCUGCUGCUUGGUCAAAGCGAAAGUGGCAAAAGUACGACUCUGAAGAACUUCCAAAUGCAAUACGCCCGCACAACCUGGCUAGCCGAACGUUCCUCCUGGCGCGCCGUCAUCCAGCUCAACCUCCUCCGGUCCAUAAACAACAUCAUCGACCACCUCUCACAUGCCCUCUCCACCGUCCCUCCUUCUCCCACCAACACCACCACCCUACCCAAUUCAUCCGGCUCCGGAUCGUCACCACCUUCCCCACACGCAAAUCAUCAGACGUUCUCACAUGCGAGACCGAGCACGUCGACUAUAGCCACGACCACGAGCACGGGGCAGAGGAGUCCCCCGACCCGCAACGUCGAUCUUCCGGGAAUUACAGUGACCGCUGGGAUCGAGGAGGUUCAUCACGCCGGUUCCGAUUCAGCGGGGGCCAUUACACCGCCCAGAACGUCACCGCCGACGAGCCCUUUGUUGCUCGGGCCUCUGCAGUGGACGGAUGCGCAUAGGACUUUGAAGUUGAGGCUUGCGCCGUUGAAGGGCGUGCAGCAGGAUUUGGAGGCUCGGUUGGGAUCUGCGGCUGAGGAGCCUACGACGAGUACUUCGGAACCACACGAUGCGCUUCCUAUGCCGCCUCCGCCUCUUUCUUCUGUUCCUGUUACUGCGUCCGCCGCCGCCGCCGCCGCCUCAGCUGGUGCGUCUCGUAGACCACAGGAGUUUUACGUCCGGAGUCGGGAUGGCUGGAAGAGCGCAUUGGAGAAGUUGAAGCCUUGGGCUCCGUCGAGUUCUGGUGAUAGUGCGGAAGAGACGUUGGAGAAGAGGGCGAGGAGGAAGGAAGAGGAGGUUAGUGGGGUGCUUGCGGGGUGUGGGGAGGCUAUGAAGGCGUUGUGGGAGGAUGGGGUGGUUAGGGAGAUGUUGAGGCGGAAGAAGAUAACGUUGGAGAAUGGGCCGGGGUUCUUUUUGAACGAUAUAGAGAGGAUCACGAAGAGGGAUUACGAGCCUUCGGACGAUGAUGUUAUCAGAGCUCGUCUACGUACCGUUGGCGUCCAGGAAUACAGCUUCUCCAUUGAGCAAGGCCGUACUGCAGGUCAUGAGUGGUUGAUGUACGAUGUCGGUGGGACGAGGUCUUCCCGCGCAAUCUGGUACCCCUACUUCGACGAUAUGGACGCUAUCAUCUUCCUCGCUCCGAUCUCGUGUUUCGAUGAACGGCUGGCGGAGGAUAGGAGGGUGAAUAGGUUGGAGGAUACGUAUAUGCUCUGGAAGACACUUUGUGGGUUGAAGCUGUUGAGCAAAACGCAGAUUAUCCUGUUCUUAAAUAAGUGCGAUCUGCUGGAGAGAAAGUUGCAGGCUGGAGUGAGGGUUCGCGACUAUGUGCCUAGUUAUGGAGAUAGGGAGAAUACAGUGGAGACCGUUAAGAAAUACUUCCAGAGUCAUUUCAAGGAAAUUGCGAAGCAGAACUCUCCAGAGCAGAGAAGGUUCUACGUUCAUUUGACUACGGUCGUCGAUACGCGUGCGACGGCUGCGACGUUGAGGACCGUGGAGGAAGGUAUCCUGCGCGAUAGCUUGAGGAGAGCCGACUUGCUUUAG